UGAAUAUUUACAUUAAUAGUAUUAUUAUUACAAUAAUACUUUUUUGUUAUUCUAUUAACAAAAGAUUAAAAUCCUAUAAUAUCGACCAUUAAUUGUUUUAGAUUUUAUCAUUUGAGGUAAAUUAAUCGUAUGUAAUAUACGUUAUAAAAAUAUAAAAUUAAGGAGAUGGCUAAGAAAGAGAAAUACUUAAGGAUAUAAUACAAGACUCCACCCACUACAAUGGCCGUCGGAAAAUUAUCGGCGUGCCGCUGUAUAACUGCAUCUGACAGUCCCCUUUUAGAGAAAAAACAAAAGAAUGGAAAAGGAUAAGGGAGGAAUAAUGUAGAAGAGUAGUAGACGCGCACUGAGUAGGGGUGUAGUGUUAAGCGCCGUCGCGCUCGUACAACAACCCUCCAACAGCAUCCCUUAGGUUGAUCAGUGCUUUACCCACCUCCGCGACACUAAGUUGCCAAUGUGCUCGUAGUUGUAAUAACAAUAAUAAUAAGAGUACUAUGAAACAUUAUUACUAAAUAAUACAUCAAUAAUAAUUUUAAAUAAUUUUAUCAACACUGUUUAGUGAUUUUAGAUCAAAAGAAAUGAUAGUUUAAUAUUUUAACGGAAAUAAUAACAAGUUAUAAUACUUUUACUAUGCUGCCAGUCACCCUUACUUCAACUCCUAUUGGAUCUCCAAUGGAAAGAGAAGAAGGUCAUGGUAGAAUUACAGGGGAACAACGAUGUGAAAAUCAAGAUUCAACAGAUAAAGCGAUUCCACCAACUAAGUUGCAACAAUAUGAGAACAGAUAUAGAACAUCUUCCACGUCGUUUUUAAUUCAUAAUUUAUUGAUAUCAUGUAAUAAUAACAAUGAUGAUGGAUUGCAUUCUCCCCAAUGUAUCGAACAACAAGUUGAAAGCGAUUUUCCACUUAAAGGAAAAGAAGACGAGACUGAUGAAAAAGGCAGAAGAAGGAAAAAAACAGUCCCUAGAAGGAGAACUGAUAGCACUACAAGUAGUAAUUCAAGUAGUUGCUCCGACGAACCAAAUGAUGAAAGUGCAGAUGUUGGACGAUGUGGAUUAGCUCAACAAGAAGUCGAUGAAAGGAAGAUAACGUUCAGUGUUAGCGCAAUUUUAGGAGAUGGUAGAAGUAGUAGUAAUGCUAGUAGCUCAAGUAGUUCUGGGAGCUAUGUGUCUCAAAAUCAACACUUAGCAUCUGCGGCAUUUCUCAGGAUAACUGCAGCAGCUGCAGCAGCAGCGGCAGCUUCACCUAAUGGAGUUGAUGAUGUCCUCUAUAAUCAACAAAAUUAUCAUUCAAUGACUCGAACAACCACAUCGCCAACGACGUUUAUAGCCAAACCUAUUGCUAGGAGACUUAAUCAACAUCAUAGUUCUCGUUCCGACCAAAACAAUCCUGUGCUUUUAGCCUUAACUACAAAUGCAAAUUGUAAAAAGGAAAACGCCAAUGAAAGACCAAGUAGCAAUACUUCAUGUUGCACUACACCGCCAUCUCCAGUAUCGCUGCAUAAUGUUUCAGAAAGUCACACAGCUAAUAGAGGAAGUAUGACUCCACCUCAAUCUAUUGUAAGUAAUGGAUUUUCAAUGCAAUAUCGACAUCAAGAAAUGCUAAUGCAUAAUAAUAGGAUAAAUGGUUUUCCUUGGGUUAUGGCAGCUGGCGAUAAUUCGAGUAAUAUUUAUGGGGAUGGUGGAAUGUCAGUCAACGGAAGUACAUCCAUUUUAACAGCAAAUCAUUUAAAUAGUCUAAUGCCGUCAGCUGGAUCGACACCUACUCUGAGGCCUGGGGGGAUGCAUAGAAAUACCAACGGUGUUCUAAGAACUUUACAUCCACAUUCACACCAUCCGUCACCAAGUGCAUUACAUCAGCAUCUUCAAAACUCUGUUGCGCAUAAUCACAACACUGCAGCAGCAUUACAUCAUGUUGCUGCGGCUGCUGCUGCCAUUCAUUCAGUUCAUCAAUCGCAUCAUCAUAACUUGCAAGGCGCCCAUUUACACCAUGCUACUAUACAUAGCCAUGGUGGUACUUCUCAUCACGGACUCAAUGGAACAGGAAUUAAUGGAACUUCAUCACGAGGAAAACCAAGAAGAGGUAUGAUGCGUCGGGCUGUAUUUUCAGAUCAACAACGUAAAGGACUAGAGCGAAGAUUUCAGUUACAAAAAUACAUAAGCAAACCUGAUAGAAAAAGACUUGCCGAUAAAUUAGCGUUAAAAGACUCCCAGGUCAAAAUAUGGUUUCAAAAUAGAAGAAUGAAAUGGAGGAACACAAAAGAAAGAGAGUUGUUAGCAGCUGGAACGGGUUCUCGCCAGCAAACUCUACCAACACGUCAAAAUCCAAAUCCUGACCUUAGUGAUGUGAUUACAAAUGUGUCACCUCUUAAUAGUAACUGUAACGGUAAUGAAGUGACAAAUAAGAGUGAUAAUAAAAGUUCAGUAUUGAAUAGUGGAGGAGAAAUUGUUAUUACAAAAAAAGAUGUAGAAAAAUCGUCACCCCAGGUUAAUUCUCAAAAGCCAUUACAAGCAUUACAAAUCAAUAAUAACGAUUCAAUGAGAUCUCUACCAGCGUCUCAACAGCAAAUUGUGAGAUUAUAGUAAUAUCAUUAUGCUGCUAGCUUAAGUUUAACGUUUUAUUUCUUAUUUUAUAGAAAUAUUGUACAUAAAUAAUGUUAUUUUCCCAAUAUUUGUUUUCUUCGAGUUUUUGUACAUAGCGACUUUUUUUUUUUUUUUGUUAUUUCUGAAGACAUAUGACAGAACAUCAUCAACGUUGUCUGGUAUUUAUAUCAAAUAUACAAAAUUUAAUAUUCAUAUAAAAUUCAUUGCCGUUUUAUUAAUAUUUAGCUGUAGUGUAAUACUAUGAGUUGGAUAAGAACAAUUUUCAAAAAAGGCAUUGUAUGAGCAUGAAAAAAUAUUCGUAAUUACAAUGCAUUUGAAAAUGUAUUAUUUAAUGUCCUAUGAUAUAAAACGGCGACGCCCGUAAAUAUAAUACCAUGUACCUCCUACCUAUACUAUAUU